AUGUCCGACUACGCCUACUCCGACCCAGGAACACCCGACGCGUUCGAUGACCUCGAGGAUCUCCUCGACGAUGCCGAUCCCACUCCAGAUCUGGCCGACGAACUCGCCGCUCACGCUCUUGCUGACACAGUCUAUCCGCUUGACUAUGACCCCGGGUAUGAAAUGCAGGAGUACUACUCCGACUGGGAAUACUAUUCCGAUGACUACUACGAUGAUGAUCCGGCCAUUUUGCGACUGAAUCCGAUGGAUGGAGAGCCACCGAAGAAGAAGGUCAAAGCAUCAACAUUCAAUACAAGUAAAGCGAAAGGCAGGAAACGAAAGGCCGCUGAACUUGCGGAACCAGAAGAGGAUGGGCAUGAUCAACGCAAACUGUACAUCAUGACAGGCAGCAUGCAAGGCACCGUCUGGGCAACGCCUGUUCCGGUCAGAAACAACAUCUACCGCCCAGGUUCGGGGAAGAAGGUCGCCCUGCUGAAGGACUGGCGUGAGCGCUACAACUUGACUAGUCCACGGGAGAUUGCACAGUCAGGAGGUGUAAAGGUGCCGGAUCUGGCGAAAGACGAGAGUUGGGCCAAUGACUUGGGUCUGGCGGACAUGGGCCUGCUGACAGAGAGGGGAACGGCGACAGGAGGAGGCGAAGGUGGAGUUGCCGGCGAAGAAGGCGACGAAGAUGGAUGGGAAGACGAAGCGGAGGAGGGAGAAGGAGACGCAUCACGCCCGGCCGACAGCAUCGACGGAGACGGCGACUUGGACCUGACCGAUGACGGUCUCGAGUUCGAUGAAGAUGCCCUCAAAAUCCUGGAUGCAGCCAUGAACAGCACUUCUGCUGAUGGGUCACUCGACAUCAGCAAGCUGAACCUACCACCUGAGCAGCUCGCGGCCCUGCAAGCAGCAUUCGCACAAGCAGAAGCAGCCGAACAACAACAACAAAUGCCAACGCCUGCUCCCACACAGUCGCUUCAGCCAUCAGAGCCCGAGCCGACUUCGAAACGGCGCAAGAAGAACAAGCCGACGCACAAUCCUGCUGGCGCAAAGCUUGAGGUUCCUGCAGCGAUGCCACCUGCUGCCACUCUAACACUCACUGAAGAAGAACCAGUGAUCGAAGAGCUGCACCCAAAGCUCAACAAGGUGGGCAGAAAGAGGAAGGCUUCGACGUCGCCAGGGCCCGACGGAGACGAAACUCCUGAGAGCCCCGAUCUCGAUGGUGGUAGAGACCUGAAAAAGGAGCUGUCACCAUACGUGCCACGAGCAACAAGAAAGCAAGCCAACGGCCGCGCGACGAAACGCCAUGCAAGUGCUGCAAAGCGUUGA